AUAAGUAAGCAGCAGCUACAGACAAUCAAAGAUCGAUUCCAGGCCUUUCUCAACGGAGAAACACAGAUUGUGGCAGAUGAAGCAUUUAUAAACGCUGUCCAGAGCUACUAUGAGGUGUUUCUAAAAAGCGACCGCGUUGCCAGGAUGGUGCAGAGCGGAGGGUGCUCCGCAAACGACUCGCGGGAAGUCUUCAAGAAGCACAUUGAGAAGAGGGUGCGCAGCCUGCCGGAGAUCGAUGGCCUCAGCAAGGAGACGGUCCUGAGCUCCUGGAUGGCAAAGUUUGAUGCUAUUUACCGUGGCGAAGAGGAUCCCCGCAAGCAGCAGGCCAGGAUGACAGCGAGCGCAGCCUCAGAGCUCAUCCUCAGCAAGGAGCAGCUCUACGAGAUGUUCCAGAACAUCUUGGGGAUCAAGAAAUUUGAGCAUCAGCUUCUGUACAACGCUUGUCAGCUGGACAACCCAGAUGAGCAAGCAGCACAGAUCAGACGUGAAUUGGAUGGACGUCUUCAAAUGGCUGAGCAAAUUGCCAAGGAGCGCAAGUUUCCGAAGUUUGUGUCCAAAGAAAUGGAAAACAUGUACAUUGAGGAGCUGAAGUCAUCUGUCAAUCUCCUGAUGGCAAACUUAGAGAGCAUGCCUGUGUCUAAAGGAGGCUCUGAGUUCAAGCUCCAGAAGCUGAAGCGUAGCCACAACACCUCGAUCAUCGACAUGGGAGAAGAAAAUGAGAACCAGCUUUCCAAGUCAGACGUGGUGUUGUCAUUCUCCCUGGAGGUCGUCAUCAUGGAGGUGCAGGGUUUAAAGUCACUGGCUCCCAACCGUAUUGUCUAUUGCACCAUGGAGGUGGAAGGUGGGGAGAAGCUGCAGACUGACCAGGCAGAAGCCUCGAAGCCAACCUGGGGCACCCAAGGAGACUUCACGACGACGCACGCACUUCCAGCAGUGAAGGUGAAGCUGUUCACGGAGAGCACCGGGGUGCUGGCUCUGGAGGACAAGGAGCUCGGGAGGGUUGUUCUCCAUCCUACUCCCAAUAGCCCAAAGCAGUCAGAGUGGCACAAAAUGACUGUUUCCAAAAACUGCCCCGAUCAAGAUCUGAAGAUAAAGCUUGCAGUGCGAAUGGAUAAGCCUCAAAACAUGAAGCACUCUGGGUAA